UUGUGCAGGGAUGGGAUUCCCCAUUACCCUCUCCAAAGUCCAAACCGAAAAGAGUGGAUUUCCAUUUCCAGCUUUGUCUCUGCGGUUCCUGAUUCUCCACCCUUUCUCAAAUUCCUGAAAGCUUUUCUCCCUUUCGCUGUUCUGGAAUCAAGUUUUUAUCUUUUCUUUUUGUUAUCUAUAUAUACGGGUUUUUCUCCAUCAUCCAUCUCUCCGUAAUCCUCGAUUCUUCAUCAACGCCUUAUCAUAUCAUUAUUCACGGUUGCUGCAACCACUUGUUUGCGAAAUUGAUUUUGGGAGAAUUCUAGUUUGGAGGUAAAACUAGUGAGAAACUAUGAAGGUACACCCAGUGCAAAAGAAGAGAAACAUAACAUUCAGAUAUGAAAUCAAUUCUAAUCUCUCAGACCCUCUUAGAGAUAGGCUAAUGGGGAGCACCCAGAAGAAGCUGCGGCGUCUCCCCCACAUCUUCAGCAGGGUUUUGGAGCUGCCCUUCAAGUCCGACGCCGACGUGGCCGUCGAGGAGUCCUCCGACUGCUUCCGAUUCGUUGCGGUCACAGACGGUAUCGGCGAUAUUAGGGCACACACGGUUGAGAUCCAUCCUGGGGUUACCAAGAUUGUGAUUAGGGGCAGCGAUGUUGUUGAAUUGACUAUGGAUGAGCUCGAGCUCGAUAUGUGGAGGUUUAGGCUUCCGGCGACGACGCGGCCUGAGCUGGCCAGCGCGGUGUAUGUGGACGGAGAGCUGGUUGUGACGGUGCCCAAAUGUGUGGGGAUGGAGGGUGCCGGCGGCGGUGGUGGGGAGCUGAGAGGUGGUGUUGGUGGCCGACUUGUGGUCGUACUGUAAUGAUUUUCUUGCCCAUUACUGUUUAAUUCAAAAUGCAGUUCAGCUUAAGCCUUAUUGAUGGUAUUUUAGUUUUUUUUUUUUUUUUUUUGGUAUGCUUUUUCCGGGUUGAGAAUCAAUGAAGAUAUAGCUUGUUGUUGGUGCAUGACAUGUUUGGCUCCUGCCAAGGCAUUGCUUAAUUGAUUUUGUUCUUCAGUGA